CACGAGUCUUACCAGUAACCAGGUAUAAACCUGGAGUGGGUCGUCUUUCAAUUUUUGAACGCAUGAGACAAGAUUUUGGCAAGACAUGUUUCCCAACAAUUUAAAUUCCGACGCUGAUUCAAUGUCUCGCAGCAGCACAGAAUCUCCUGUCGGGGAGAGCCCGACUCACUGUCUUAAUAAGACGCAGGAAAACACGAGCUCGUCUGCUUCACCGCCAGAGAGCAGUGCAAAGGAGCUCUGCCCAGACAUGGACACAUCAACCAGUCCGUUUGUUCCCACAGUCACUGCAAUUUCCUCUACCCCAGAUUUGCAGUGGAUGGUCCAGCCGACCAUAAUAACAUCUGUCUCCCCAUCUCUGGGUAGCAAGCAAGCCAAUGAAGCGCAGCGCUCUUACCAGGCAACACCCAAAGCAGGCUGUUGUAAGGGAAAAAACACUGGCAGAAAGGGAAAAUCAGAGCAGCUCUCUCAUGAGGAAGAAGAGAAGAAGAGAGUAAGGAGAGAGAGGAAUAAAAUGGCUGCAGCGAAGUGUCGCAACAGGAGGAGGGAGCUCACCGAUACACUGCAAGCUGAGACUGACAAGCUAGAAGAAGAAAAAGCCACGCUGCAGACAGAAAUAGCCGAUCUGCUGAAAGAGAAAGAGAGGCUUGAAUUUGUCCUCGCCACACAUAAACCAGUCUGUCAAUUGGCAGAGGAGCUGGACUUGAUUUUCCCAGAGGCCAGCGGUUCCUCUGAUCUACCUCCCAGCCCGGAGGAGGACAAACUGCCCGAGGACAGUCUCCAGGAAGCCCCCUCGCUCCAGGAAAUGGACAUCCCUAACGAUCCGGCCACAGCCAUCUCUGGGAACUCCAACAUCUUGUUGUGUGCCAGUGCUGAAGUGAACAUCUGUGACCUGGAACCUUCUUUAGACAUUAAGGAGGGGCUACUGGACAACCUGCUGCCUGGCCUGGGAGGGAGAACGCCCACAGAGACCGCUCGAUCCGUCCCAGACAUUGACUUGAGCAGCUCCCUGGGGGUUUCUGACUGGGAAACCCUGUACAAGUCCGUGUCCAGCGACCUGGAGCCUUUGAGCACCCCGGUUGUGACCUCCACGCCAACCUAUAGCAGCUACCUGUCUGUGUUUACGUUUGCCUGUCCUGAGCUGGACUCCAUAGCAGAAGGGUGUGACGGUUGUAAAAGUGGAGCCAGCAAAGGCGAAUCUAAUGUCGAUAUCCUCAACUCACCAACUCUCUUAGCCUUAUAAUGUAAAGAAAAAUGAUUAAAGAUUACAGUUCCAAUGGUGGCUGUUUGUCAGAUAUGAUACUGGACGACGAUGCAAUAGUGUUAUCAUGUAAGCGCUUCAAGGAAUCUAUGGAAUGUGCUAUGGGACUUCAGGAGGAAGUGAAAACGUCCUCCAGGUUCUCUGAUGUAGCGAAAGCAUGGCUUUUGAUUCAACACAUGAAGAUCAAGCAUAUUCUGAGGUAAACGCAUGCAGAGAAAUUCCAAAUAUUUUCAGAUUUAAUAUAUGUUUGGUCUGAAACUAGAUCUAUAAUGUAUUGUGGAAUUGACUGUAUGGUUUUGUGUUUUGAUGGCAACAGUGUAUUACUAACUAUAAAUGUUGUGUUAAAGCAAACAUGCUUAUCUAUGUUAAGUACUUGCAUACCUCAAUGUCAUCAAAUGUGAUUUGACCCAUUGUUACAAUGUUUAGAGUUUUCCAUGAAAACAUCCAGUGCUAUAUCUAUCAAGAUGUAAUUUACGAGAAUUUAUUUUUUUACCUUAAAUUUUUGACUCGUCGAAUAAAUAAAAAAGUUCAAGCAUUGAUUGCUUAUUGAUGAACCACAUUAAAUAUU